AUGGCAAUGCUGCUGGAGCUCCCGGUGCAUGACCUUGCUGCGGGCAGCAAGCAGCUUCUUCAAGCAGCCGACAACAAGAGCGGCCUUUCUGCGGACUCCUCAUCGCACCUGAAGAAGGUCCUGAGGCUUAGGGAUCAGGGCCGACAUCUGCUGCUGGGCCGGAAUGGAUGUGGCAAGACCACGCUGCUGAAGGCAAUUGCGUCCGGGGAACUACCAGGCUGGCCCAGAUAUCUGAGCUCGCACCUGGUAGACCAGGAGUUGAGUAUGGACGCCGCGCUGUCCCCGCUGGAGUUGGUCUGUCGAGCUGACCUGCGCAUGCACACCCUCCACCAGGAGGUGCGGCGCCUGGAGGCGGAGUGCGCUGGGAUGUCCGAGGACACCUCGUCCUCUGCACGCCUUGGGGAGCUGUAUAGCGAGCUCAGCGAUACCGGGGCCGAAACGGAAGGCGAAUGGCGCCACCGUGCUGAAGGCCUCCUCCGAGGUUUGGGUUUCGAGGAGUUUCGGACGACGGAGCCGCUGGCACAGCUCAGCGGAGGCUGGCGCAUGCGCGUGGCCAUCGCUGCGGCCCUCUUCGUGCGACCGCGGUUGCUGAUGCUGGACGAGCCCACGAACCACCUGGAUCUCGGUGCCAUCGACUGGCUACAGAGACACCUCGUUGACGAGUACAAAGGGACGGUUCUCUGUGUCUCGCAUGACCGGGACUUCAUCAACGAGGUCUGUACGGACAUUAUCAUCUUCGCCGAUCAAAGCCUCACAUACUUCCAUGGCACGCUGGACCUCUUCGAGGAAGCAGCCCAAGAAAAGGCUCGACACUUGGAAAAGGAGGCAUCUGCCCUGGAGAGGAAGCGGGAGGUGAUCCACCAGACGAUCCAGCACAAAGAGCGCGAAGUCGCCAAGGCUGAAAAGAACAAGAGCAAGAACAAGGCCAAGUCAAAAUAUGCGAUUCUCCAAGGAGCUACCGAGGGAAAGAGCAUGUCCAGUCUUGUGGCAGCGCAGCAGCAGAAGUUGGAACGGCUUGGCAUGGAGAGGACGGAAGAUGGCAAGAAGUUUAAAGCCUCCGAGCACGGGAACCGUGCCGGCUCGAUCGCUGAGAAUGAAGGCGGCUGGGUGGAUGGCAAGAUGACUGCUGCCCCUCUGCUGCACGGCCGGGAUCCGGCGCUUCGCUUCGGCUUCACGGCAGGUGACGGUCUCCGCAUUGCAGAGGGUACGCCUCUGCUUCAGCUCCGCAAUGUCUCCUAUACGUACCCGGGCUCCAGCGACCCCUCCCUCGUGGAUGUCGACUUGUCGAUUUCCGUUGGCAGCCACCUGGCUCUCCAGGGCCAAAAUGGUGCCGGCAAGUCCACCCUGGUGAAGCUCAUCUGCGGAGAUGCGGAGCCAACAGACGGCGAGGUGUGGAGGCAUCAGAGUUUGAAGGUUUCCGUCUUGCGCCAACACGACACCGAUUCUCUGGCGAACCGAACUUCCUCGGCGAUAGAGUACAUGGGUGAGUGUUACCCGAAGAUGAAGGACCUUGAGCUCCGAAAGCAACUGGGAGCCUUCGGCGUGGAUUUGCAUGGAGCACCCGCAGCUGCUGGUACUCGAUGA